AUGUCAUACUACCAGAACGGCCAGUACUACCGGCCCUCGAGCUCCCACCAGCACUACCGCCACCCCAGCUUCGACGCCGGAGACGAAGCGGGCCUCAUGAGAGGCAACGGCACAUAUGCCCAGGGAGGAGGGCCGGGCAGGCGGGGCAGCCUUGCUGUGCGCCAGCAGGACGAGUUGUUCAUGGCUGAGGAAAACCCGCCUCUGGAAAUGCCCUCCGCGCCCGACUACGCCGCGCAAUACCAAACGCCCGCUUCUCCCUCGCAGCCCACCUACGACCCAAGAGCCUACGCCGCGCCCGUCCAGAUCCCCAACCCUCAGUCGUAUGGCGGCUUGAACCGCACGCAAUACACCCCCACCUCCUCCCAUCAACCAUACAAUCCAGCUGCAUACUCCGAUAACGGCGGCGGCCUUGUGCGCAGCGACACGCGGCGUUAUGGGUACCAGGCGGCUAACUUUACGCCCACCUCGCCGUUUCCUGCAACCCCGCAGCAAGUAUCUUUUCCGUCUCCAUCGGUUCCCCAGCAAGGGCAAUAUUCCCCGUCCCGUGCACAGUCUGGGUAUGGGCAUAGGGCCAGCAUAAGUUCUCCGGUUUAUCCUCCACCCACUGGUUCAGCCCCUCUGCCGGCGCGUCCUGGGCAUGCACCUCCAUCACAAUCGCCUCUUCCUAUGCCACCCCACAGCGCUGGCAUGGCGCUGCCCGCGGACUGGCAAGCUGAGAUGUCCCGGCAUUCUUCGAUCAACAGCAGAUACACCCAGUGGCCGGUUGGAGGAGACAUGAAUUCCCGAUACAAUAAUCCUUUGCCAUCGCCCCCAGAAAAUCGUGUACAAGAAUACUACCCAGACGAGAUGCAAUAUGCCUCACCUAUGGUCUCACCUAAUCCACUUCCUCCUACCCCCGGACCACCUCCUCCGCAACAUGCUCCGAGACGGUCUGAUACCACGUCGUCGCGUCCGCUUCCGCCUCCGCCACCCGAGGCCGAAGAAGAAUAUUUUGGAAGACCCAACGGCAAUGGCACCCCGUUUGAAGACUCGGGAGCCACGGACGAACUAUACGAUGAAAUCGAAAAUGCAGUCAUGCAUGCUGGCUCCCCCAGACAUCAACAAAAUCCACGGAUAGAUGUUGAAAACUCGUAUGACAACCAGACUUCUGCCAACGGCAACGAACCGCCAUUCUACGCUUCUUUGGCAGGAGGCGAAGUAGCUGCGACAAAUGGCAGUUUGUCUCCGCCACGAAGAGUAGGCGGUUAUGACUACAGCGAUGAGAGCGAUGUUGAAGCUGCGGCCGGAUUGGCGGCUAUGCAGAUGGCGGACGAGGAAGAGCGCAGAGCAAACGGUGGAUCCGGCCUUUUCAGCAGCUAUAGCACUAUUCGCCCAACUCCGCAACCCCCGGAGCAUCAAGAGCCGUUAGAGAUGGAAGAUGAUGACGACAAGGACGACUCACUUGCUGGCAUUGACCUCAGUGCGUACGGCAUGGGCUAUGAGCCAAGCUUUUCCUACGGCGGUGAUCCGGCAGAGCUUGCGAGUGGUCACACAAGCCUCAACAGGUCAGAAAGCCAGUCCCACACCAUAUCUUCCUCGGGAUCCUUGCGCAAGUCAGGCGAUACCAGUGAAACGGAUGCUUACGAUCCUAUUCAUCCAUUCCCACCGUUCUCCAGCACCGCAAGAGUGGACACAUUCGGAACUGGAGGGUUUGCUGAACCGACGACCCAGAGGCGUCGCUUGAGCUAUGAUGAGGGCGAUGAAUCCAGCCUGAUGGAACCCAAUGCUCCGGCUCCUGGUGAGCCACCCGACAUGUUCUACCAUCCUGGGAUGUCCGCUGCGCAUUCUCGUCCCCUGCCGCCUACUCCUGGCGGAGAGAGGUUCGCACAGACACAGCCACCAUGGAACUAUCAAGCGAACCGUGUGACGUACCCGCAAGGUCCAGAUGCUAUGGUCACCCCGGUCGGCGGUCAUGUCCCACGAUCCACAUCUUUGAUCAACCAAAGAGAGACCCCACAAGCAGUGCCACCUAUCAGAUCAAAGACGGACGCAGAAGAACGCCGGUUGCGUAACGCUCAAGCCAGGACGUCUGCAUUAUAUGAGAAGGAUAUCGCUGUGGAGACGUCGACACCGGCAAGUGCUAGCACUAUUGCUUUGGAUCUGCCGUCUCUUCCAGCUGGAAAACGUUUCAACCCGGCCAAGUUGGAUAAGAAGGACUUCGCGAAAUGCAUAGAACCAUGGGCUCUGAGCUCUAUCAUCGAGUGGUUGCGCAUGAUGACUGAGGGAGAGACCGAUUUGAGAGAGCAUUCCAUCUUCGAUGGGCUGGUGGCCUUGUUUAUACACAAGGUCCCCAACAUGAACACCGCGGAUGCCGAAGCAUUGAGCACCCAGGUGGUGGCUGAGAUGUUCAAAGUAGGAACGCUUGAACACGUCGAGGAAUGGUUGAAGUUCACGCCCGCGACAACUUCUGGUGUGCUUUAUCAGUUGACUCAAGCCGGUUGUUACGCACCGAGAUUGCAUGACGACCAAAGCACUGGACGUUGUUAUUCAUACCACUGUCAGAGGACGGUGAAGAAGAUUGAUCUUCACGCCACGCCUUCUGUCAAAUCCAAUGUCGACUGGGCUACUUUCCACGGCUUAACAGCAGAAUUUGUUGGCAGCAUGAACAAAAAAGAAGUGGAACGACAAAACAUCUUGCACGAGAUCGUCCAGACCGAGGACAACUACAUGGAGCAACUCAACAUUCUUCGCGUGUUGUACCGUGACGCGCUGUCAAGGCAGCAGCCCCCCAUCAUUUCUCCGAAAAAGCUCAAAGCUUUCCUGCGAGACGUUUUCGGAAAGAUAGAUGGAGUAAUACAGGCAGACCAAGACCAUCUGCUUCCACAACUCAAGUACAGGGAGAUGGAGCACGCACCAGUUGUCAAGGGAUUCAGUGACAUUUUCCGCGAGUGGAUCAGAAAAGCACGUCAUGCUUAUAUCGAAUACGCCGGAUCUUUCCCUUAUGCGUCGUUCUUGAUCAGACAAGAAUCCGAGCGCAACAUUCUCUUCAGCAGCUUCUUGGAGCAGGUUCGCUCGAACAAGGCGUCCAACAAACUUGCAUGGGAUCACUACCUCAAAAAUCCCAUCACCAGAUUGCAACAUAUUGGCCUUCUGCUCCAGACAGCGCACAAGAGGAGCAUAAUCGACGAUCCGGAAAAGAAAAAUCUACAGGUGGCCAUCGACGAAAUCAAGGCCGUUACGUUGGAAUGUGAUGCGCGCGUCGCCGAGAUGUCCCGAAAGGUAGACUUGACCGAUCUUCAGUCCAAGCUCAUCCUACGCCCGGGCAUGCAGCGCGUGGAGCUGAACCUGAACCACUUGGGACGCGAGCUCAUCUUCAAGGGCGAUCUCCAGCGGAUGGGCGGCACUCGCUACACCUGGCUGGAGACGCAUGCCCUGCUUUUCGACCAUUACCUGGUGCUGGCAAAGACGGUCCACCACAGAGAGCACGAAGGGGGUCCUAAGCAGGAAAGAUACGAUGUGUCGAGACUUCCUAUCCCCAUGGAUUUGCUCGUUUUGGAGAGCAGCAAUGAUGAUCCUGUGGUCAGGUCAUCCGUGAAGGGCGUUACUGCAGCCGGUGUAACUAGGAGCGCUGGAACCCCAGAUUCUCGACUGCGCUCUGGCUCAAAUGCUGCCAGUCCGGCUGCUGUGCCUCUGUCUCACACGAAUACCGGGUCUUCAGCUGCCACUAUGAUCACUUCGACUGUUCUGGAAGCCAAAGAUGAAAAAAUUAUGUACCCCUUCCGCAUCAAGCACCUUGGUAAAGAGGUAUACACGCUCUUCGCCCCGAGCGCGCAGAACCGUCAGGAAUGGUGUCAAAAGAUCCUCGAGGCCAAAACCAAGCAUGCCGCGUCUUUGUACGCGCAGAAUGCUGAACCUUUCAGGUUGAGUGUCAUGGCUGACUCCGCCUUUUCCUACGAGGGCGCGGCGGUGGGCUCGCAAAGUAUCACGAUCGAGGGCACUCCUCUCGAUCGGGCUAUCGAUGAGGUCGAAACUCGCUAUGCGAACACUGGCCGCCCGGGACCUAUUUGCAGAGCCAAGGUCAACUGCGCAACAACUUUCAUGCAGCCUUAUGGCAAGCCAAUGGUGGCCGUGGGUACGGAUUUUGGCGUGUACAUCUCUGAGACGGACAACCCAAGGGGUUGGUUGAGGGCUAUUCCCGUCGUAAAAGUGACGCAGAUCGCCGUUUUGGAGGAGUUUAGCAUGUUUCUGCUUAUAUCUGACAAGGCUCUCAUUGCCUACCAUCUUGACAUGGUUUGCCCGGUCGGUGGAGUCCCGCCAGCUAACGAUUCUGCAAGAAAGGCACCACAAAAGUUGUCUGGUGCAAGAGAUGUGGGUUUCUUUGCUACAGGCAAGAUGAAGGAUCGGACGCUGGUCUUCUACAAGAAGAGGGAGGGUCUGAGCUCGACUUUCAAGGUCCUUGAGCCCGUUUUCCAAAAGGCAGAAAAGAAGCGUGGCUUCUUCCGUAGCGGGCGCACCGAAUUCUUCCGCGAAUACGACGACUUCUACAUCCCAACUGAGUGCUAUGGCCUGAACUUAUUCCAUAGCUCAUUGGCCAUCAGCACAUCCAAGGGCUUCGAAGUCUUGACGCUCGACAAGAAGCAGCCGUGGAGUGUGCCAGACCUGAAGCAGCAGCACGUAGCCACGAUAGCCAGCCGGCUGCAAGGGCUCGACCCACUAGGCAUGUUCCGCCUAAGCGACGCCGAGUUCCUGCUCUGCUACGAAGAAUGCGCCGUCUACGUCAACAAGCACGGCGAGGUAUCGCGCAGCGUGAUCAUGGAAUUCGUGGGCAAAGCCAAGGCGGCCGCGCUGUACGGGCCGUACGUGCUGCUCUUCGACCCAGACUUCGUCGAGAUCCGCAACGCGCAGAACGGGCGCCUGCGCCAGGUCAUCCCCGGCCGCGACGUCAAGUGCCUGGACGACGGGCUGGGGCUGGGCGGCCAGUGGGCGGGCUACGCGCACGGCGGCCAGGGCGGCUACGUCGGCGCGCCCCAUGGUGGCGUUAUGGGCAUGGGUGCGUCGGGCGUCGGUGGCCGCACUGUCAAGCUCGCGCUGCAGCAUCCGAGAUACGAGCGCUGCCAGAUCGUGGUCGAGUUGUUGCUUAAUGAGGGACAGCAUGAUUAG